GGUGGGGACUGGAGCAACAGACUUUGCCAACGGACCGGCUGGAGGAGACAACUUUUGGGCGCUGGACUGGAAAGGUCGGAACCGUGCCAAAAAGGGAUCCUGGCCACGGGCGAGUCUUGCCGCCGCGCGUCUGGGGCUGCCCGAGUGCGGGCGGCGCGGGAGCCGCGGGUGCAGCGUCCUUCCACUCACGCCCCCGCGGCGCCGGGCUCAGGGGCCGCUCUCGCCCGGCUCCUGCCCCUCGCCAGCAGGGUCGGGGUCGUAGCAGUCCUUCCCACGCUCCUGAAGCCCACAUUUCUUCAUUUGACCCUCCUGCCUAAUUUGGAGCCAGCCUCCAGGAUCUUCCGGCCAAUCAAAAGACCACACAUUGUUGCCUAAGAGACCCUGGAUGCCAGCGACAGGAUUUACAAAUAGUGAUUGGACUGCUUGGAAGCAGGGAGGGGCUGGAAGGAGUCACAGAGAAGGCUGACCUAGUGCAGCUAUGGCAACAACAGCGCCGGAGACUUGAAGAGGAAGACACUAAAAGAGGUGUGGUCUUCCUUACGAAGGAAAACUUUGCUAUUUCAUGAUGCCAUUGGCACCUCCAAAAAGCAUCAAUGGCUACAAAAUGCAGACAAAGAUGAGUACCUGGACACCCCUGAAUCAUCAACUUUUGAAUAACCAGGUAUUUGAAGAAAGAAGAGUUCUGCUAGGAAAAUGGUUUGACAAGUGGACAGACUCUCAAAGGAGAAGAAUCCUCACAGGCUUGUUGGAGCGCUGCUCCCUGUCACAGCAGAAAUUCUGCUGUCGAAAGCUGCAGGAAAAAAUCCCAGCAGAAGCUCUGGAUUUUACCACCAAGCUUCCAAGGGUGUUAUCUUUAUACAUCUUUUCUUUCCUGGACCCCCGAAGCCUUUGUCGCUGUGCACAGGUGAGCUGGCAUUGGAAGAAUUUGGCUGAGCUGGACCAGAUCUGGAUGCUCAAAUGCUUACGCUUUAACUGGUGCAUCAAUUUCUCCCCAACUCCCUUUGAGCAGGGCAUAUGGAAAAAGCACUACAUUCAAAUGGUGAAAGAACUUCAUAUUACCAAGCCAAAAACACCUCCAAAAGAUGGAUUUGUAAUUGCUGAUGUUAAACCAGUUACAAGCAGUUCUUCAGAGGAAAAACAGUCACCUUCAUCAGCUUUUAGGUCCUCUUCAAGAAAGAAGAAUGCAGGGGAAAAAGAACUCCCACCUUGGCGAUCUUCUGAUAAGCAUCCGACUGAUAUCAUUCGUUUCAAUUACCUUGACAACUGUGAACCCAUGGAGCGCAUCUGGCAAGGAAGGAGGAAAAGAAAUGAAAUGAUCCCAGAAUUCAGCCGACAGUCACAUGAUAAGAAAAAUAAAUUACAGGACAGAGCCAGGCUAAAAACAGCACAGUCACUGACAUCCCUAAGUUCCAGCUCUCCUCUCACAAUUCCAGCUCAUCUCGCCUGGCCUUCCUGCGUGUCACUGGGACCCUCGGCCCCCAGAACAGCAAGCCCAUUUCUCCGGCAGCAGCUUCAGAAGUGCCCUGGGUCGCAGUCCCCACCCAGCCAGGCUCCAGAGCUGACACCGGUUUAGAACUGGAACAGGACUUGGACGGAGACAAUUGGAUGUUCCCCGGGCUGCCAAGCCACCUUUCCCCGGCCCCUCUUUCAGUAAUGCUGCCAGCGUGAUACCUGCUUGUGAAAGUGAGCCCGACUACAGCAAAAAGAUUUCAGGCCAUAAAUCUCGACACACUGUUUUUAAAGCAUGGUUCUU